AUGGAGCGACUGACUGACUCUAGUAUCUACAACAGAGCUAUGAGCCAGUCUGUGGCCGCUUCUUCACGGCAAUCGUACCUGCCGCACUCUGCGACGAACGCGGCUGCGGCUGCGAAGCUGCUGGAGAAAAAGAAAGAGUUCGAAGCUGUAGCUGCUCUGGAGCAAGCAAGCACCCAGUUUCUUAAGAGAAUAGAAGAGCUGGGAGAUGAUUUUGAUAUUAUGGCUGAUGCUGGUCGAGUCCAUGGGCAAGUGCUUGAACAAUGGCCUUAUAUGUUUAAGAUACUUCACUUGUUUUUAUCAACGCGCGAGCAGCACUCGAACUCGGCCGAAAUACCCAUUGCACCUUCGCAGGGAGAACGACUAAUUCGCGUCCCAGUGGAAGAGUUACGGCCAUCAGAAGAGAAAUCAUAA